AGAGAUAGAGUGAGAGAGUACCUGGAGAAGAAUCCCAGUGACAGGACUGAGAAGGAAGUGCAGUUCCUACUGGAUUUCAUGCAACAUAUGCCUGCAUUCAGUAACAUGACCAUGUCCAUGAAGCAGUCCCUGUGUAGCAUCAUGGUCUUUGCAGGGGUCGAGAAAUCAGGUACCGUCAUCCUGUCGGACGGUGAGAAACUUGAUUCCUGGUCGGUCAUUUUGAACGGACACGUCGAGGUAGGCAAGCCGGAUGGCACCAUACAGCACCUUCAUAUGGGAGAUAGUUUCGGGGUUUCUCCAACGAACGAUGUGAUGUACCAUGAGGGUGUGAUGAUCACGAAGUCAGACGACUGCCAGUUCGUCUGCAUUCCGCAGAGGCAAUUCUACGACAUCCUACACAGAGAAAAGGAGAAUAUAAUUAAAGUACAGAAUGAAAAUGGCGAGGUGACGAUGGUGAUGGAGAAGAGGGAGAUGCUGGAUGAGAAAUCUUCCAGAGGGUUCGUCCAGGGCCAAGUCGUUCUCAGGGCAACCCCGGAAAUGCUGAUGAGGCACUUAAUGGACAGAAACCUCCUCAUGGACGUCAGUUACGUGCCAGAUUUCUUGCUAACAUACAGGACAUUCUACAAACAGCCGGCCGAUAUCGCUCAGUACCUCACUGAUUGUCUACAAGUUCCUGAAACUUUUGAUAAGGCGUUCGAGGUAAUGCACACGUGGCUCGCGAAUCAUUUCAUUGAUUUUGAAUCGAAUGUCGACUUAUUCAAUCAGUUGGAAUCCUUCCUUGGUGCACUGAGAGAUAAAGAAGCCGACCACAACUUGACGACGCUUCACGCCAUAUGCAGUUGUAGCGCCCACAUGCGACAGAUCUUGCUCGUGCUCAAGAGUGAAGUUGAACCGCUGAACUUCGUGUUGUCCGGCGGUACUGAUAGAGGGUCCGACAUGAUAUUUGUUUGCGACGUCGUUAAGAAUUCUCCUGCUGCUAAGUCUGGCCUGAGAAUUGGCGAUCAGGUAAUAUCAGUGAACAACCAAAGUUUGGAAGGGCUGACGCUAAAGAGGGCUUAUGACGUCAUCCAGUCGACCAAUCAUCUCAUGAUUACCGUUAAAUCUAAUAUCUUUGGUUUGUUUGGAAUUUUUUAA